UUUUGACAGUUGACACUUGGGAGUUUUAGGCCAAUCCUCCUCCCAUUUUCAGAUUUUCUACUGCCCAAUUGAUUUAACCCCUCCUCCUUCUCCUCCCCAAUUUCCUGGCCUAAAAAGGUUCGUCCUUUGAGAAAAAUUGAAUAAAAGGCAAAUCAUCCAACCAAACACAGCCUUCCGACAAAUUACCAGAGAGAUGACCAGCAGAGCAUCAGAAGAACCUUAAACAGAAAAAGAACCUCUGUCGGCGUACUUUACUACUACCCCUUCUUCCCUCCUCCCAAAGUCACAUAGAUCUACGCCUCAUCCAUCAAUCAGGCCAACUUCCAAACCUCAGCCUCUCCAUCAAAAACUGAAAUUGGUUCAGACAAUCCAGAAAAAGAUAUCAUUUUUAGUUGGGCUCUGCAGUUAUGGAUUCUCCAGAGCAACGCCGGAAGAGGAAACGAUUACUUAGAACUUCAACAUCGUCAUCACUUAAACCAUCAUCUUCUUCACUUCUUCCUUCUCAUUUGCUUUCAGUAAGAUCUCUUCUUUUGUAUAUGAGCUUUUUCACUUUGCUUUACAUGUUGUCUGUCACGAUUCGGUACAAUUCUUUAGUUUUUAGACCCAAUUUGAGGGUUUCGAGGCUGUCUUUUUUGUCUUCUAGUAGCGAUAGUAGUAUCAACUCUCUUCAAGAUUUUGGUGACUCUGUAUCAUUGCCGAUUAAGAUAGAGGAUAGGGUUUUGUUUCCUGAUCAUAUACUUUUGUUGGUUAAGAAUGAUGGGAUUGUAAAGAGAUUUAAUGGGUUGGAUUGUGUUUAUGAGAAAAGCAUUCUUGUUGAUGAAAGGCAGAGUCUUGAUUUUGCCAAGCUGAAUGUUUUGUCUGUGGACGAAUAUGAUGAGUUUAGAUUGAUUGUUAGAUGCCCACUUCCUCCGGUGAAUUAUUCUGCUGUGGUUAAUUUACAAAGGGUUGGAAGCACUGAGAUUGAGGGUUCGAGGGAUGAUGAUAAUGGUUUAUUUGGGGUUAGUAGUAGUAACCUGUCUGUUCAUUCUUGGGAAAAUUUGGUGUAUGAUGCUACCUUAGAUGGGGAUACUGCAGUGGUGUUUGUAAAAGGCUUGAAUCUCAGGCAAGAGCGAGAAUCGGAUCCAAGCCAGUUCAACUGCCAUUUUGGGUUGAAGCAUUUGGAGAAGAAUGGGAGCUUCAUGUUCACUACUAGAGCGGUCACGGCCGCCCAAGAGGUUGUGAGGUGUUUGUUACCGCGAAGUAUCAAGAUGACCCCAGAAAAGGCUCAGGGAAUUAGGGUAACAAUUGGUGUGAGACCCCAUGUUCAUUUAAGGGGUCAUCCUGGGAAUGAGAUUUUACCUUCAGUUGCCAAGAUUUCCUAUUCCAAGAGUAAUGAAGGCGUGGAGAUGAAUCAGGGGAAAAAGUAUGAACUUUGCGUUUGCACAAUGUUGUGGAAUCAGGCUGCGGCACUGCGUGAAUGGAUUACCUAUCACUCCUGGUUAGGAGUUGAAAGAUGGUUUAUUUAUGAUAAUAACAGUGAUGACAACAUAGAACAGGUAAUUAAGGAACUUGUGAAGGAGGACUACAAUGUCAGCAGGCAUGUUUGGCCAUGGAUUAAGACUCAGGAAGCUGGUUUCUCACAUUGUGCUGUUAGAGCAAAGGAAGAGUGCAAUUGGGUUUCAUUCAUGGACGUGGAUGAAUUCUUCUACUUUCCGAAUUCAUCAAGGAAUUAUAUGUCCUGGGAAUCAGGAGACGCUGGCCCGAAAUCUUUAAGUUCCCUGGUGGCAAAUAUUUCUUCAUCAUCCCCUACAAUAGCAGAGAUAAGAACAACUUGCCAUAGUUUUGGCCCUUCAGGAUUGAAUUCACCUCCUCCAAGGGGAGUCACAGUAGGAUACACUUGCCGGUUGCAAAGACCAGAGAGACACAAAUCCAUUAUCCGGCCCGAGGCACUUGAUCCUACCCUUCUCAAUGUGGUGCAUCAUUUCCACUUGAGAAGUGGAUUCACCUACCUUAAUUUACACCAGGGCAUAGCUGUCAUUAAUCACUACAAGUACCAGGUUUGGGAUGUUUUUAAAGCGAAAUUCUACAGAAGGGUUGCAACAUAUGUUGCUGAUUGGCAAGAAAACCACAAUGAAGGAUCUAGGGACAGGGCUCCUGGUUUAGGAACUGAGGCCAUUGAACCUCCCAAUUGGUCACAACAGUUCUGUGAAAUCCGGGACACUGGCUUGAGAGAUUUUGUCUUGACCAAUUUGACUGAUGAUUCAACUAGUUUGCUGCCUUGGGAAAGAUCUUCUUCAGAUCAGUAGUUAUAUAACCCAAAUUUUUUAUUGGUAGAAACUGAAUGGAAAAUAUGGCACAGAUUACACUAGGGAAUUUUUUAUUUUUUUUUCACACAUUAUUUUUUUUGACACUUCUGCAGCUGUUCUGCAGUGUAACAUAACACUUACCAUUAUAUUUUCUCUCAUUCUUUCAUUUUUUGGUUCUCUCAUUUAAUGUAGUAUUUGUUCAGUGAAUAACCUA